AUGUCGCCCUCUAAAGAUCAGGCGCCAGUAAAGAAGGAAUCUGUCUCGUCUGAGUCAGAACCUCAAUUGACGAAAAAGCAAAACCCACCAAAGGAAGAGGAACUUUCUGAGGAAGAUCAACACUUAAAAGAUGAAUUGGAAAUGUUGGUUGAAAGGUUGAACGAACCUUCGCAAAAGGUAGAAUUAUAUAAUGAAUAUUUGAAUAGCUUGAAAGCUUUUAUUAAGGAUUCUACAACGUCUAUGACUGCGGUUCCAAAACCAUUGAAAUUUUUGAGACCACAUUACCCAUUAUUGACCGAUUUGUAUGACAAAUGGUGCAAUGACUAUAAAGGCGAUUCGGAUCUUGUUAUCAAGUUGGCCGAUAUCUUAUCGGUUUUGGCAAUGACUUAUUCCGACGAUGGUAAGAAUGAUUCGUUGAAAUACAGAUUAUUAUCUUCAAAUGACACUAUAGUGGAUUGGGGUCAUGAGUAUAUGCGUCAUUUAGCAUUAGAAAUUGGUAUUUCGUAUCAAGAAAACUUAGGUUUAGAUGAGAUUUUGAUUAACCAAUUGAUAAAAUUAGCUAUGCAGAUUGUUCCCUUUUUCUUGGAACAUAAUGGUGAGGCAGAUGCUGUGGACUUAUUGUUGGAGAUUGAAAAUAUUGAUAAAUUGCCACAAUUUGUUGACGAAAAUACUUUCACAAGAGUAUGUUUGUACAUGGUCAGUUGUGUACCAUUAUUAGCACCCCCAGAUGAUAUUUCUUUCUUAAACACUGCUUAUGCAAUCUACUUAUCCCAUAAUCAAUUAACACAAGCUUUAACAUUGGCAAUUAAAUUGGAUGAUGAAAAAUUAAUGAGACAAGUUUUUGAAGUCACCGACGAUGAGUUGAUCCAUAAACAAUUGGGUUUCAUUUUAUCUCAACAAAAUUCUAGUUUCAAAUAUGGUGGGGACAAUGAGGAAGUACAAGAAUGUGUUUCUAAUACUAAGUUACACGAGUACUACGGAUAUCUUGUUAAAGAGUUAAACUUGUUAGAUCCAAAAGUUCCAGAGGAUAUCUAUAAGUCACAUUUGGAAAAUUCCAAAUUUGGCUUAGGUAACUCUGGUUCUAUUGAUUCUGCAAAACAAAAUUUAGCUUCUGCUUUCGUUAACUCUUUUGUUAAUUUAGGUCAUGGCUCUGAUAAAUUAAUCCAAACAGAAGAAGAUAAUAAAUCGUGGAUUUAUAAGACAAAAGGACAUGGUAUGAUAUCUACUACUGCCUCAUUAGGAUCUAUACAUCAAUGGAAUAUUAAUGAUGGUUUACAACACUUGGAUAAGUAUACUUAUUCCUCGGAAGAUGAAGUCAAGGCAGGUGCAUUAUUAGGUACUGGUAUAGUUUCAGCUAAUGUCCAUGACGAUGUUGAAGCAGCAUUAGCUUUAUUACAGGAAUAUGUUUCUGAUCCUAAGAAAAUUUUCCAAACCUCUGCUAUCAAUGGAUUGGGUAUUGCCUUCGCAGGAUCUUCAAAUGAAGAAGUUUUAGGUUUAUUGUUACCUUUGGUUUCUGAUUUAGAUAUUUCUAUUGAAGUUUCAAGUUUGGCUGCUUUGGCUUUAGGGCAUGUUUUUGUUGGUACCUGCCAUGGCGAUGUAACUUCUACAAUUUUACAAACGUUGUUAGAAAGAGAUUUCACUCAAUUGACUAAUAAAUUCAUUAGGUUUAUGUCAUUAGGUUUAGGGUUGUUAUACAUGGGUAAGACUGAGCAAGUGGAAGAUGUCUUGGAAACUAUCGACGCUAUCGAUCACCCAAUCAGCAAGACAUUGAAAGUUUUAGUUAAUAUUUGUGCUUAUGCGGGUACUGGUAAUGUUUUGCAAAUUCAAUCAUUAUUACAAAUGUGUACAGCUAAACCUAAGGAUAAGUUUGCUGAAGAAAAGAAGUUAGAAGAGAGUGAAGAAGACCAAUUAAAGAAGGAAGAUGAAAGUGCACAAGUUAAGACUGAUCCAAGUGGAGAUAUCGAAAUGGAAGAUACUGGAAAUGCCACCAAUGAAAAAACUAAUGAUUCUAACGAUAAGGAUACUAAGAAGGAAGAAAAAUCAGAAGACACUCCUGAAGAAGAUGAUGAAGAAGAAGAAGAAGAAGAGUUGUAUCAAGGUUUUGCUGUUUUAGGUCUAGCUUGUAUAGCUAUGGGAGAAGAUAUUGGUCAAGAUAUGUCUCUCCGUCAUUUUUCGCAUUUAAUGCAUUAUGGGAACCCAUUAAUUCGUAGAGCAGUUCCACUUGCGAUGGGUCUCGUUUCCACUUCAUAUCCACAGAUGAAAGUGUUUGAUACAUUAUCACGUUAUUCUCAUGACCCUGAUUUAGAAGUUGCUCAGAAUGCUAUAUAUGCUAUGGGAUUAGUGGGUGCUGGUACAAAUAAUGCAAGGUUAGCUCAGUUGUUGAGACAGUUGGCCUCAUACUAUAUUAAAUCAGCUGAUUCAUUAUUUAUGGUCAGAAUUGCUCAAGGUAUAUUACAUUUGGGUAAAGGUACUUUAACCUUAACUCCAUUUAAUACAGAAAGAUCUAUAUUAUCUAAAGUUUCAUUGGCUUCUUUAUUAACUAUUUCAGUUGCUUUAUUAGAUCCUAAAUCUUUCAUAUUGAAUGAUUCUAAUUCUGAAACGACCCACCAAUUAUUAUAUUAUUUGACACCAGCGAUUAAGCCUAGGAUGUUAGUGACAGUUGAUGAAUCUUUAAAUCCUAUAAAGGUGAAUGUCAGAGUUGGUCAAGCUGUUGAUGUUGUUGGUCAAGCAGGUAAACCAAAGACCAUUACUGGUUGGGUAACUCAGUCUACCCCUGUAUUAUUAAAUUAUGGUGAAAGAGCAGAAUUAGAGAACACUGAUGAAUGGAUAAGUUUGACCAAUUCAUUAGAGGGAAUCGUUAUUUUAAAGAAGAAUCCAGAAUAUAUGGAAGUUGAAAAUUAA